AGGGAAAGGAAGGAUCGAGGCGCCUCUCCGAGCUGGCAGGAGGCUGGAAGCUCCGGGUUGUCUGUUCCCUUGCAGAGGAAAGGCGAGGGGGCCAAGGCGGCCCUUCCCUUCCCCGCGGCAGCCAAACCUGUUCCUCCUCCUCCUCCUCCUCCUCACCUGCCUUGGGUGUGGUCUGCGCUCAGCUCUGCUUAUCCCUACACACCAAUAUGAAACCCACCACUAUGGAGAUCCUGCUGCUUCUCUUGGCUGCAUUCCCUGUCCUGGGGGCCAAUGAUCCUACUGAUCCAAACAGCCCCUUUUAUUACGACUGGUACUCGCUGCGUGUUGGCGGUUUGAUCGUUGCUGGUGUACUCUGUUUUCUGGGAAUUGUUAUCCUGCUGAGUGGAAAGUGCAAAUGCAAACCUAAGAGGAAAAACAGCGUCCACACCAUGCAAAAGCUCCCGCUUGCAGGAGAAACCAGUGAAUGCUGAGUGAAGAUAAUGACUGCUCCCACUAACAUACCAGCCAUACCUGACUCCUCUCUCAAUUGAUAUAACACACUGGAUCUUUGAAUGUUUUUUUGGGCUCUCACACCUGUAUUAGGUUUUGUUUUGUUGGUUUUUUAAAAAAAGAAACAUAUAAUAAAAUGCUGGUGUUUUUCCUGAAA